UAUUUUUACCUAUAUUGUCUCAACUUAUCGAUGCCAAGCAGAAAGAUUUUUACACAUUCAAAGUCGUUAAUAUUAGAGGACGAUUAGUGUCUUUGGAAAAGUACAGAGGUUCGGUAAGUUUUCAAACUUUGGAGCGGCUGUCAGUGAGUGAGAUUGUUGAGGACGUGUUUUGCAUGAUUGCAUCCUUAUUUCCAUUGAGCAUGUCUGACGUUGUGUGCUUCUGCUACACUUCUCUUUCUAUGUUUGAAUAAAGCACUAACACAAUACAAAAUUCCGCGGAGUUUUGCAUUCUUUCCUUCCACUUAGUGUCUACGUGGCACCACAUUUAACUAGCUUAGCAUGACAUACAGCAAUAAACGGCAUGCUAGCUCUAUGAGGGAUACUAGCUCUAUGGGGGAUAUAGCUUAAACUGUCUCUUUAGUUUGAUAACAAAAGUAAAUAGACCAUCGCUUUGCCAUCACUAACUUGAGUCUCUUAAGCUAUUUCUAUGAGUCGUUAUAGGCCACCAUCUGUCUCUUUGCAAAAACUAUGCAUAGGAAAUAACUGCAAGCUAGUAUUAUUCAUAAAUGUCUGAUGGUUAAUUAAGAAUUAAUUCAAGAGCCAACGUCUUCCGUCUGCAUUUGUUCUAGAAUGAAGGCUAGAUUUUUCUAAUCAGCCCAUCUGUAAUGUAGCCAGAAGUUCAUCCAAAUAACACUAGAGGUCCUCACGAGAUAAAAAUUGAAGACUCUUAUAAAUAGCCAAUUGACAGAUUGGUGUUUCUGAUUGUCUGAAACAUUUUCAAUGUAGGCUUUGUUGCAUGUUUCAGAUAUAAAAUCGUGCACGAUCCACUAAUAUUGGCCCUACAAUAAUAUAUAGCCUACCAUUUUUUUUCUUAGACUUUCUUAGACAGCAGUGCUGCAGUUGGGAUCUACUCUUUGUGACUUUAAGACUAUUUAAAUAUAAAAAAGGCGGUGGCGAUAGUAGGCUGCUGUAUAGAAUAAAUAACACAAAACGGCCUGUCAGUAAUUUUUUUUUAGUUUUUAUAACUUCAGAAAUGUUAUAUACCUAAAAAACCUUGACUGGUAAAGUCUUCACCCAUACCCUGUCCACAUCCUGACUACCCACUGGCCUACAAUAACCCUAUAGUCUAUGCUACUACAUUUAUUUCAUUUGUCUAACCUUGCUUGCACCACUUAAAGAAGUAAGUGAUGUAGGAAAAAAUUAUUGAGGAAAAGGUAAGUAAAUAAAUACGCUGGCAUUUUUUUCUAAAGUAGCCUAGAGUGAGAGAGAGAUAGUAGAUAAGAAAACACCACUAUAAUCAUUCUCUGAAGUAUAGGCCUACAUUGUUCACUACAAUCACUCAUGACUGAAUCACUUACCUGAAGGACAUAAAAUGAAGAGUGAUGUCCUCUGAUGGAAUGGAAGUAAACAACAUUAUGGUGUCUCUGGUGGUGAAUGUGGCCAGUGACUGUGGCUUCACUGAGGCGCACUACACAGACCUGCAGCAGCUGCAGCGUGACUUCGGGCCGUACCACUUCAAUGUGCUUGCAUUCCCCUGCAAUCAGUUUGGACAGCAGGAACCGGGCAGCGACAAGGAAAUUGACAGCUUCGUGAGGCGGGUCUACGGUGUGUCUUUUCCACUCUUCAGCAAGAUUGGUGUGGUGGGGGCAGGGGCCAACAACGCCUUCAAGUACCUCGCUGAAGCGUCUGGGAAGGAACCUAACUGGAACUUCUGGAAGUAUCUCAUUGAUGUUGAUGGAAAAGUUGUUGAUGGUUGGGGUCCCAAGACGCCUGUUCAAGAAAUCCGACCAAAAGUAGCCGAGAUGGUCCGUAAACUUAUCCUAAAGAAGAAAACUGAACUUUAGUGAGCGUGUCCACUGUAGUCUUUUUUCAAUGAGCCACUGUUACAAAUGCCAAGACAUCAAGCACUGAACAGAAAGAGGAGCCAUGCUUUUUUGACAUGACAAUCUUCCAUCAUUAGACCCUGAGGCCAGAACAUUUUUGAUAUUUUGAAAAUUUGCCUUUUAAACCAUUCCUCUUGCCCAUUAGACCAUUGAUUAUUUUUUUUUAAAGUAUAUUAUUCUCUGCAGGAAAAGUGUCAUUUUUAAAGUUUUUGUUCAAGUGUACUGAUUUGUCCAGACAGUGAUAAACUAGUCAAACGUCUCGCUUUGUUUCCUUGUCACUAACAUGCAGCUACUGAAGUUAUAAAAUAUGAUGACACAAGUGCGUGGACUAAUAAUAAAAAAAACCCUGAUAUACUG